AAUCCAAUCUUACGUUGCACAGCCCCUAUUAUUUUUUUUUUCCGACUAUAAAAUUGAUAUCUUUUCACAUCAACUCAAAAAUCAACCAAGUUGAUCUUUUUAACAUCCCUAUUUGCCUCUACAAUUUCUCGAGAUGGCAAUAUUCAGUCGAUUCGAAUGGGUGAUAUCCAAACGGCUGGCGCGCAGCUCUGCGCCUCACUACACCGGCCGUGAUGAGAGUCAGAAUAUGGAUAAUGAUGCUAUUCAGUUCCUCGUUGACAAUGGCAUCAAUAAUGUCAUCAGCAUGAACCAGAUCAGCCUAACUGACGACGUUAUCGAAAGAUUGCAGGAACGUGGCAUUAGCUACCUCAACCUACCGGUUGAAGACUACACUGCUCCAACGAUUAGACAGUUACGCGAGGCAUAUGAUUCAUACUUGCCAGCUCAGAGGACGACCCUUGUGUACUGCGGAUAUGGGCACGGCAGGACGGGCACAGUUAUCGCCGCUUUUAUGCUGCUUAGUGGUAACCAACUAACCCGUGACGAUUAUCAUAAUUUCCAUGUGGAGGAGAAAGUUCAGGAGGAUGUACUAGAUGAAUUAGCCAAAGAGUUAGGGUUACUCGUUCCCCCCCCCUAGGAAGGACGAGUUGUGACAGGUGACAUGAAAUGGGUGGGUCUCAAAAUUUUAUUUCUUAUUUGGAAAUCACCUUCACGAAAGAAAUUUUUGUGAUUUCAUGGUUUAUUUACAAAAAUUUGAUAAAUAUUCGAGAAUGGAUACAUACAAUCUAUAUGAUAUUUUAUGGGCACUUCGAGAAGAGAUGCGUCAGGUUAACCGUACAUAUUUAUUAUAAAUUUAUCAAUGUAUAUAAACUAUAUUUAUUAAAUAAAUAUAUACUUUUAUAUCUGACUUUAUAUAUAAUUU